CCUUUCCACCUUUCUUAAAGGAACCUUCUUCCUCCAAAAACCCAUUUUCCUCUUCAACACACCAGCUGUAUUUGUUUGACCCAAAAAUACCACCAAAUCUCAUCAAAUAUUCCCUCCCUCAACCCCCAUUACCAAGAUCCCAAAAUCAAAUUAACCAACCAAUCCAUCAAUCCACCCUUAAUGGCUCUCAUCUCCUACGCCUUAACAGGCAUAGGCUUCAUCCUAAUAGGAUCACUCGAAUCUCUUCGUGCAUCACAAUCCAACAAACUAACCAAAAACCCAUCACCUCUUUACAUAACUCUCUCAAUUUUCACCUCUUUUAUAACCCUAACUUCUCUAAUAUCGCUCUUCAACGCACACACUUCAAACGACGCCGUUGGGUUAUCUCUUCAACUUCAAACCCUACCAAUCUCACUACUCUUCUUAAUUCACUCACUUCUCUCCCUUCUUUUCCCUUUUCUCCCUUCACCUUUGCUUAAUCUCGUUCUUCUCUUCGGUUUCGCCGAAGAGUUUCUCUUAUUUUAUCUUCAGAGGAAAGAUCCUACUGGAAUUGAGAAUCGGUAUUAUGAUUUAUUGUUAGUUCCCAUUGCGGUUUGUGUUUUCGCAACGGUGCUUGAAUUGGGUGAAUAUGCGUCGAAUGUGACGAAAUUAGGGCGUGGAAUUGGUCUUUUACUUCAGGGGACAUGGUUUGUGCAAAUGGGUUUGUCUUUGUUUUAUAAGAAUUUUGUUGCUGAAGGGUGUGAUUUGCAUCAAGUUAGUAUGGGGAAUUAUAGUUUGAGAUGUAAAGGGCAUGGUGAGUAUCAUCGAGCGAGGGCUAUUGCGACGCUUCAGUUUAAUUGUCAUCUUGCUCUUAUGGUUAUUGUGCUUGUUGGGUUUUAUUCGUUUGUUUGUGGGAAGGUUGGGAAUUCGGCGAGGGAGGAGAUGAGUUUGAGGUAUAAGCCGCUUGGUGCUGAGAUGCAGUCUUUGGAGAAUUUGGAUGGGACUUUUACUUUGGAAUCUGAUGAUGAAGUUGAUGAGAUUAAGGAUGGUAAUGUGGGGAAUUUGAAGGUGAUCAAUGGUGUUAAUGGUAAUUCCUAUAAUCAUUGAAAUACGAAUUUGUUUGUUGUGUUUUUAGAUUAUGGUGAAAGCAAAGGGACACCUUAGUUUACUUUGUGUAGAGGGGUUUAUGAUUUCUUGUUUAUGGUUUAGAGUGUCUCUAUGUAACAUAAUGUUUUUCACUUUGAAUAAUAUAUUUGAUUUCUAGUAGUGUUGUCAAUUAAGGAUCAUGGAAAAUAGUUUGUUUAAAUUCUGCUAUGCAAUAGUGAUAUAGUGCUAGCAUGCUGAUAUUUGACAAUAUUUUGUACUGAAUAGUGUAUCAUAAACAAAUAAUGAUUUGUUCAAACUCUGUUUUGCUAUA